UGCCUGACGCAGCAGGCGGCCAGUGCCGGGAUGGAUUUCGGUUCCCUGGAGACGGUGGUGGCCAACUCGGCCUUUAUCGCCGCACGCGGCAGCUUUGACGGGAACAGUGGCCCGUCCUCUCGGGACAGGAAGUACCUGGCCAAGCUGAAGCUGCCCCCACUGUCCAAGUGCGAGGGCCUCCGGGAGAGCCUGGACCUGGCGUUCCCGAGCGUGUGCGCAGAGCAGCCCAUCGGCAAGCGGCUGUUCCAGCAGUUCCUGGGGGCCGACGAGAGGCACGUGCCGGCUCUGGAGCUCUGGAAGGACAUCGAGGACUAUGACACGGCGGAUGACGACCUCCGGCCUCAGAAGGCCCGGGCCAUCCUGGCCAAGUACCUGGACCCCCAGGCCAAGCUCUUCUGCAGCUUCCUGGACGAGGGCGCGAUGGCGAAGGUCCGGGGGGUGCCCGUGGCGAGCGGGGACGCGUCCUUCCAGCCGCUGCUGCAGGCCACCCUGGCGCACCUGAGCCAGACGCCCUUCCAGGAGUACCUGGACAGCCUCUACUUCCAGAGGUUCCUGCAGUGGAAGUGGCUGGAGGCCCAGCCCAUGGGCGAGGACUGGUUCCUGGACUUCAGGGUCCUGGGGAAAGGGGGCUUCGGGGAGGUGUCCGCCUGCCAGAUGAAGGCCACGGGCAAGCUGUACGCGUGCAAGAGGCUCAACAAGAAGCGACUCAAGAAGAGGAGCAGCUGCCAGGGUGCUAUGGUAGAGAAGACGAUUCUAGCAAAGGUUCACAGCAGGUUUAUAGUCUCUCUGGCCUAUGCGUUUGAAACCAAAACUGACCUCUGUCUGGUGAUGACUCUCAUGAACGGAGGUGACAUAAGGUACCACAUCUACAACGUGAAUGAGGAGAACCCCGGCUUCCAGGAGCCACGCGCGGUCUUCUACACGGCCCAGGUCAUCAGUGGCCUGGAGCACCUGCACCAGAGAGGCAUUGUCUACCGAGACCUCAAGCCGGAGAAUAUUCUUCUGGAUGAUGACGGCAAUAUCCGCAUUUCUGACCUUGGGCUGGCUGUGGAGCUGAAGGACGGGCAGACCAAGACCAAGGGCUACGCAGGCACCCCAGGGUUCAUGGCCCCUGAGCUCCUGCGGGGCGAGGAGUACGGCUUCUCCGUGGACUACUUCGCCCUGGGCGUCACGCUGUAUGAGAUGAUCGCAGCCAGAGGGCCCUUCCGCGCCCGUGGAGAGAAGGUGGAGAACAGGGAGCUCAAGCAGAGGACCCUGUCCGAGGCUGUCAAGUACCCGGACAAGUUCAGCCAGGCCAGCAAGGACUUCUGCGAGGCACUGCUCGAGAAGGACCCCGAGAAGCGCCUGGGUUUCAGAGACGGGACGUGUGACGGGCUUCGCACCAGCCCCCUCUUCAAGGACAUUAACUGGAGACAGCUCGAGGCUGGGAUGCUGACACCCCCCUUUGUCCCGGACUCCAGGACAGUCUACGCCAAGAACAUCCAGGACGUGGGCGCCUUCUCCACCGUCAAGGGUGUGGCCUUUGACAAAGCCGAUGCUGAGUUCUUCCAGGAAUUUGCGACCGGCAGCUGUCCCAUCCCUUGGCAGGAGGAGAUGAUCGAGACGGGCGUGUUUGCGGAGCUGAACGUGUGGCGUUCUGACGGGCAGAUGCCCGAUGACAUGAAGGGUGUGACUGCAGAGGGGGCGGCCUCGGCGUCCAAGUCAGGGAUGUGUCUGGUCUCCUAAAUGUGCAGCGGGAGGAGCUCUGCAGCCCGCAGGGGCGAGCACGGCUGCAUGAGCCGCCAGGCACCCGCGGCACCGUCGGGAGAGAGGCUCGGUGUGGACACACGUCCGGCCUGUAAAUAGUCCGCUCCCUGCCCCAUGUCACUCAGACACUGCAGUGGUCCCCAGAUGGACUAGACCACCAGGCCUAACCCAGGGACUCCCGUGGACACGCCAGCCCGCCGCGGGGACGGCCGCUGGGCAGAGGGCAGCUCGUGCUGGGGACACGCAGCCCGUGUUUCCUGACCCCUCACCUGCAUCUGCCCAGAGCCUGGCCCUCAGUUUGAGGCCUUUUCCGCUUCGCUCAGGGGCUGGCAAACUGUGCCCAUGGGCUUCCGAGCGCCAGUGGAGAGGUCCGGGGGGGGGGGGGGGCUGCCCCGCCCCCCAGGGCCGGUCACCCUCCGCGUGACGGUGACGCUGGCAUCAGCCUGGUGCUGAACGGUGCAGGCUCCGAGGGGUGGCCUUUUCCCGGCUGAGGCCCCCGUGUCCCAGGGGAGAGGAGGGGAUGGGGCUGGGGGGCUGAGAGCGACCACAGCAGUCUGCCCCCGGUUCUUUUCGUCUUGAGAACACCUCCAGCUGACGGCACCCGGGCCCAAAGCCGCCCGCCCCCGGGCAGACAGGUGUGCGGGAAUCUUCUCUCCACCCCGCGCACCUGCUUGCCACCCCGCUCUGCCUCCUGGCGGAGUCGGGGCAGACUGGCAGCUGGCCGGGGACAGGCCGUCUCCAUCCCCACGCCUGCAGCUGGGCCCCAGUGCUCUGAAGCACAGACGUGCCCCCCCUCUGCCUGUGGCCCCGGGCACUGCCCUCAUCGGCUCCCGUGUCUUCCGCUUCACCUCCACCUCGGCGUCCCCGGAGCCUUUACGCAUCUGAACGGAAGCACGUGGUUUUGGUGGCAGUGGCCUCCAAGAGACCACGUUCGCUCCUGGUCAGGCUUUGCUGGCAUUGGGCUGGGACUCCCUCGGUGGGGCCCACCCCUGGGGAGGAGCUGUGGUUUAGGGCACUGGGGUACCUUCCAGAAGGGUCUCUUCCUCUUCUAGGGAAGAACUUCAGAGUCCCUGCACCUCACCGGCCGUGUCAUGUGCUGGUCCAGGCAGAGAGCCACAUGGUGCGGUUGUGAGAUGCAGGUCACAGGGGGUAUCACGUGGGCAGACUCCCCCCAUGGGUGUCAGAGGAUACCCUGGCGUUUAACUUUCGGGGGGCUGGUGUGAGGACCUGUGAGGGAGUCCAAAAGACAGCGUCUUUCCUCGUGUUAGCACCUGUGCUGGGCUGACUGCCUCCUCUCCCAGCAGCCGUCCCCGUCCUCAUGCUGUCAACCCCGAGGGUUGGGGCAUCUGUUGCCCGCAGAUGUCUACAUGUGGUCACUCACCCCACCCUCAGGGAACAGGGAUUCUGCAGCCCACAACUCUGCUGGGACUCCCUCCUGUCUGGUGCAGGGCUCUGCAGGUGCCGUGUCCCCAGCACUCACGUGUGGCACACAGUUGUCCGGGGUGCAGAGGCCAGUAGGUGGUGGAGAAAAUCAUGUGAGUUCUUGAGAAGACGUUAUGCACACAGAGCCUCUGAGCAUGCCCUUGGACCACAGCCUUGUCCCCUGGCUGUGUGCGUGGCCCGCCAGAGGCAAAGAAUGCUCCAGGUGGGCCUGGAGGGGCGUCCGGGGCUUUCUAGGAGGUGAGUGGAAGUGCCCGGUAUGUCCCUGCAGGCAGCCCAGGCCCAGGGACACACUGCUGCGCCCUCCCCAAAGCAGGACAGAGCACACCGUCUGGGCGAGGGUCGACGGGUCACUUCUCUGCAUUUGUGGGAGGAGGCCUGGAGCCAGGCCCCCUGUAGCACCAGCGGCCGGUGGGGCACCCUCUGCCCGGGCUUCUUGGUGAGAUGCGGGACAGAAGCUGCAUCUGAAUUUCAGGGGAACAGCAAGUACUGUCCUCAGGGUGCGUCCUGGUGUGCCGCGGGGGCUGUCCUGACACUCCAGUCACCCGGUGUGGUUUGCCGGGCCGCCGGCCUGGGACAGAUCCCAGCUGGCACGGGUCAGUCAGCGGCUAGGCCCUGCACUGGACUGGCGGGUCUGGUGGGCUAGUCAGUGCACUGAGCCAGCGGGUCUGGUGGGUUGUGGCCAUGACUUCAGCUGUCUCUCCAUCUGUCGGGAAUGGGGCUUUGCCGCAGCACCCCUACCCCUGGCUCCCCCAUCUAGAGGCGACCAUGCGCACACUCUAAUAGCUCCAGGCGCUGCUGUGCGAAGUCCAGGGCGUGUGGACACUGCAGCUCCCUUGGGACGCCCCCUCCUCUGAGCACUCCUGGCAGUCCCAUGGGGGCUCUGGUGCUUGGGACUUUGUUCACUGUCUCAGGAGGUCCCUGCUGUGGGUGUCUUUCAGUCCCAGGGCUCUGGUUGGCCCACACGUAUGAGGGUCCUCCCCUCAGCUGUGGCCUGGGUCUAGGGGACACACCGCCUGUCCUGGAUGCUCAGCCUUGGUGGCUGUCAGGGCUUUUGGGCACCUGCGGGCUUGUCUCUGGCUCGGGGGCUGCCCACACCAGGCCUAAGGGGGGAAUCCCCCGACCAUCACUGCCCCUAUGGUCCUGCGUGCCACAGCCACCAACGGUCUUCCAAACCGGCCUCGAUUCCCCCUCAGGGUGGUCUCAGCCACUUGCACAGCUACGGCACAGGCCACAGCCCGGCAACAAUCACCCCCGUGUGUCUGGGGUUCCCAGACAUGCACCACGGUGGGGAAAGCACCCACGGGAUUUCUCCCCGGGGGAGGCCAGGCAGCAGAUGGACCCUGGAAACACUGGGGUCCAAAGGAC